AUGGAGUCUGUGGUAGAUUUUUCGGAAAGUGUCGAUGUUCCGAGUGAUAGUGAGGUUGAGGGUGAACAUCAAAUUAUCACUGCUGAGCUCUUGCACUCAUACCUCUAUGGACGAUGGAGACAGUGGAGCGGUCAACCUCCCCCGCAACAUGUCCAAAAGAAAUUAGAGGCAGAACUUCCAGAAGGAUUACUGACUAGGACUCCUGUUCAGUUAAAGCUGGGAGUCUCAACCAUACCAAUUCUUCAUAAUGGCGUGUUUGCUGCUGAGUGGAUUACGAAAGGAACAGAGAUGGGUCCAUAUCCAGGGGUUAUUCGAUCCAAAGGAGACCUGUGGAUCACAAGUGAUACUGACAAGGUUUGGGAGAUAUUUGAUUGUUCUAAUGGAGAAGUGGAAGAGUACGUUGACUCUCGAACCCAUGUUAUGUGCUCGUGGAUGACUCACGUGAAAUGUGCACGGAACGAGCAAGAACAGAAUUUAGAAACUUUUCAAGUUGAAACGUCUGUAUAUUAUCGGGCAAUGAAGGAUAUUGCACCAGAAGAAGAGUUACUGGUUUGGUACAAUAGUGCUAUUCCACAGUAUAUGGGAAUUCCAGUCAAGCUCUUUUCCGAUGACAACAAGAUUGAACAUUCCGAAGAUGGCAGGAGAAAACGAUUUUGUCCUUCCAGUGGCAGCAAAGUAAGAUGUGUUGUCUGCCGUCGUGGGUUUAACUCUCGAAGUAACCUUCGUUCUCACAUGCGGAUACAUACCUUAGAGCGCCCAUUUGUCUGCAAAUAUUGUCAGAAGUCAUUCAGCCAAUCUUCUACGUUGAAAAACCAUGUAAGGCUUCACACAGGAGAGCGGCCCUAUAAGUGCCAUGUUUGUCACAGUGCCUAUUCUCAGCUGGCAGGUCUUCGAGCUCACCAGAAAAGUUCCAGGCAUCGCCCUCUUGUGUCAGAAAGAAAUGGCUCAUCGAAGUGAUUUUAUUUUUUGUUAUUAUUGAUGUGGAAAUGAACCUUUGUUUAUAGAUAUUUUUACCGGAAACAUUUUGCCGAUGCUUAGCAAUUCCAAAAUACUACUGAAAAAAAGAGAAAUUAAAAAUUUAAAUAAACUGAAUAAAAAUAUACAUUUUUCACAAUUAUUUAAGAGGGUUUAUUUUCGAACCUAAACUCAGGGAAAAUGAAUACAUCAAUCGUACUUUUCGCAAAAUUCAUUCCACUGAUUUGUAAAAAUCAUUACAAAAGUCUGUAAUUUUAUUGGUUUAUUUUUGAUUGUUUGAGAUUUUAAUCUAGCUCUUUGUUUUUGACACAUUCACACAUAUAUGGUAUUCUUUAUCAAUUCAAGAACAUCAGCAAACUUUCCAAGGGUAGAUUUUCAUUCAUCAGAAGCUAGAAUCUUUAUAUUUUCUGUUUUGUGUGUAUUCUCAUUUUGGAAGACACAAAUGAUGAUAAAGUGGUACAGAAGAGACUAAAAUAAAACAACAACCUGAAACUGAUUUUGUGAGUAAGUACUAGUAUAUUCUCGUUGAUUAUUCUUAAGAAUACAGGUAAUUGUUUUAGAUGAUGUGUCAAAAUAAACGACGGAAAACUUCAAAAGGUGGACAGUUUAGAUGUAUCAUACCAUGGAGGACAAGUCGUUGUGAUUGAUACUGUUUAAUACUGAACAGCAUGAAAGAGAAGAUGGGUAAAUAUGGAUACCGCUAAGAAACAAGCGUCAGUAGGGAUGGUGCUAACCAUAAGGAUCCUAGUCAAUAGACUGAUGAAUGUGUGUAAUAUAUAUAUUUAAAAAAAAACGAUGACACAACGUGUAUGAUAAUUUUGAAAUAAUUAACAUCACGUACGGAUGAUGCAAGAUUGAUCUCUGUAGGGUCUUGUUGUUGAUAGACCCAUUGGAUUUGUACUGAUAGUAAUGGAACAAACUAUUAGAUACAGAAUUAUCUGGUAGAUACUCAGAUAUAAGAGUAAAUGUAAUCUCUCUUUAGUUUUAGCCUUGGUUAUUUUAUGACAAUAUAAAGUUAUUUAUGCAAUUUUUAUUUAACAUCGAUAUUGUUUCAAUUUCGUUAGUUUGAGUUUUACAA